ACUGGUAACGUGCAUUCCCCUUUCAUCCACGUCCCAUAACGCGUGCGUAAGGGUAGGUGUGACAAAAGUUAACGCGUACAAACUCACACCGUGCAGUCUGGAAGCUGGAAGAAUCAUUCCGACAUUUGCGCGUUUCUGCUGGGAUAGCUUUAGUGGACCUGCAACUGAAAGUGACAUUGCAAGCGGCGCCGGCGAUAUAUUUGAAAUCGACGUAUCAUUUUGCUAUACACCAUGGAAAGAGGUGGCAACGCGUCGGACAUUCCGUACCAUUUCUCAAAUGUGGCCACGAUGAACAAUAGUAUUUUUUGUCUUAACCUAAGCGAUAACAUGAGUCUGGAUGCCAAAUGUGAAAGAACAGACAACCCGGGCAAAGAUUCAACACCAGUGAUCAUUGCGAUUAUAAUCACGACUCUUUACUCUAUUGUGUGUGUGCUUGGUCUGGUUGGGAACGUACUCGUAAUGUAUGUCAUUAUCAGAUACACUAAAAUGAAAACCGCCACAAAUAUCUAUAUAUUUAACCUGGCGUUGGCUGAUGCACUAGCCACCAGUACGCUGCCCUUUCAGAGUGUGAACUUCCUGAUGGGGACCUGGCCGUUUGGAGACGUGCUCUGCAAGAUUGUGAUAUCCAUUGACUACUACAACAUGUUCACCAGUAUCUUCACCCUGACCACCAUGAGCGUUGACCGCUACAUUGCAGUGUGCCAUCCGGUCAAGGCCUUAGACUUCCGCACACCCCGCAAUGCCAAGAUUGUCAACGUGUGCAACUGGAUCCUGUCCUCUGCCAUCGGUCUACCCGUCAUGUUCACCGCCAUGACUACUGAAACUGAUAAUGGCAAGUAUGACAAAAUCAUUGACUGCACAUUGAUCUUCCCCCACCCAUCCUGGUACUGGGAGAAUCUUCUGAAGAUCUGUGUCUUCAUCUUUGCUUUCAUCAUUCCUGUCCUCAUCAUCACUGUGUGCUACGGUCUAAUGAUCUUGCGCCUGAAGAGUGUGCGCAUGUUGUCCGGUUCAAAGGAGAAGGACCGCAACCUUCGGCGUAUCACCCGCAUGGUCUUGGUUGUGGUGGCCGUCUUCAUAAUUUGCUGGACACCCAUCCACAUUUACGUCAUUAUCAAAGCCCUGAUAAACAUCCCCAACUCCCUGCUGCAGUCUGUCACAUGGCACUUCUGCAUCACUCUGGGCUACACCAACAGCUGCCUGAACCCCGUCCUCUACGCCUUCCUGGACGAGAACUUCAAGCGCUGCUUCCGUGAAUUCUGCAUCCCCAGUCCUUUGGUGCUGGAGCUGCAGACGUCUUCUCGUACCCACCACCAUCAUCAGCAGCAGCGUGAGCAGCUCUCCAGCGCCAACACGGUGGAGAGGUCCAAUCAACAGGUAUGACUAGGUAUGGAGAUGUCAUCGUUGGACUCGCACUGCCAGGCCAACGAUGACAUGAGCUCAGAGGUCACCCAGGUAACCACAGUGCUUUGACACGCAGCUCUGACACAUGAUGCGCUGACAUUCUAGUCUGUAACGUGGCUGAGUUCUAAGUGCAUUGUUACUGCUUCUUGGCAAGGCUGACACAUAUUUGAUUGUAGAUUGGCACUCUGCUUAAGGCAUUCUGUCAGGUAGCCUUAUUGAAACCUUUAACUUUGCUCAGAAAACUGAAAUAAAGCAACAUCAACUGUCGGUACAUGGUGACUUUGUAGACCACUACACUGGACAUGUAAUAGGAUAAUGUUCCUGUAGUUAACAACAUUCAGUUUGAGUAGCUCCUCUGCUGGAGAACUUAAUUAAAGACAGUCAUUCAAGAAGAUUAAGCCUGCAAUUGGAAAAACAACAAACCGGCCACCCAACCACUAGUUUUGAUAAACAGCUGAUGGAUCUGACUGAAAAAAUGCAACCACUGUCAAUAUGAUAUACAGAGAUAUGGAUGCAAGGACUGGCAAUUGAUGAAAUGAUGAAAUUGAUGAGUUUUUAACCAUGUUUUGAAGCUAUAUAUUAUAUUAUAAUAACUAAAUUAUUGUUUCCUCCGAGAGCCAAUGGUAAUGAAAAAAUAUAUCUAGAUAACCAAUUACAGGCUGCAGCUUUAAAGCUAUGUAUUGCAGGUUUUACUUACUGCAUGUUCUGUGCUAAAUUGCCAUGUAUUGUAUUUGUAUAUAAUUGGCUUUAUUGUAGCCCAUUUUCUACAUGGCUUGCUUGGCAGCUUGGCAACUUGCAAAAUGUGCCACCCACAUAAUAAUGCUGCUUUGUCAACAUCCAGUGGUUGAAAUACAAAUUUAUAUUUAAAUGUUGAUUUAAAUACUGAAUGCUUGCAUUACAAGUUACAGCGAUAUUGUAUUAAUUAUGUUUGUUGCAGACUUUAAUACAAUUCUGUAUUAAAUUGUUGUUCUUAUUUUCAUUAAACAAUGUGGUCAUAUCAAUAAAAACAAAUAUUCAAAA